UAAAAUUAUUACAUACAAACGAACAAUAGCAAUGGCGGAUCUACAAUCUCCGGGGCCGCCUCGCUCCACCGCCGACCUCUUCGGAGACCCAGUCGACUCCCACCCGGUAUGGUUCAAGCAAUCCUCCUUCCUCCAACCCAACUUCGACUCCGAGUCCUACAUCGCCGAUCUCAGGACCUUCGUCCCCUUCGAAACCCUCCGAUCCGAGCUCCAUUCACAUCUCUCCUCUCUCAAACACGAGCUCGUCGACCUCAUCAACCGCGACUACGGCGAUUUCGUCAGCCUCAGUACCAAGCUCGUCGACGUUGACGCCGCCGUCGUCCGAAUGCGCGCCCCCCUCUCCGAGAUUCGCGAGAAGAUCCUCGUCUUCUGCUCCGCCGUCGAGGCCUCGCUCCUCGCUCUGCAGACUGGUUUGCGGCAGCGAGCUGAGGACUCCGCCGCCAGGGAGGUCUUGGAGUUGUUGCUUGAUACGUUUCAUGUUGUGUCUAAGGUUGAGAAACUGAUAAAGGAGCUGCCUAGUGUGCCUGCUGAUUGGUCUAAUGGCGAUGUAAAUUUUGCAGAGAAGGAUCUGGAUCACUUAAGCAACGGAUUCUCCGUACAACACAAUGAAAAUGAAACAAAUAUUAGGGAGACUCAAAGCAUGCUUUUGGAUAGAAUUGCCAGCGAAAUGAAUCGGUUUAAGUUCCACAUCACUCACGCACAGAACUUGCCUUUUAUUGAAAACAUGGAGAAGAGGAUACAAAAUGCUAGCCUAUUAUUGGAUGCUAGCUUGGGGCACUGUUUUGUAGAUAGACUGGAACACAGGGAUGCAAAUGUCAUAUUCAAUUGUUUACGGGCAUAUGCAGCUAUUGAUAACACCAGGAGUGCUGAAGAAAUUUUUCGCUCAACUGUUGUGGCACCAUUGAUUCAGAAAAUUAUUCCACACAGUUCAUCGGGGGUGGUUGGUGGGGGGGCAUCAGGAGAUGAACUUGAAGAGGAUUAUAAGCAAAUCAAGCAAUAUAUAGAGAAAGAUUGCAAAUUUUUACUUGAAAUUUCCUCUACAGAAAAUUCAGGUUUACAUGUUUUUAGCUUCCUUUCCAAUUCAAUCCUUAUAGAGGUUCUCUCAGCAAUCCAAAGGGGAAGACCAUGGGCCUUUUCACCUGGAAGACCUACAGAAUUUCUGAAAAAUUGCAAAUCAAGCCUAGAUUUCUUGGCUCAUUUAGAAGGCUAUUGCCCAUCCAGAUCUGCUGUUGCCAAAUUUCGAGCUGAGGCUGUCUACGUUGAGUUCAUGAAGCAGUGGAAUGUUGGAGUCUAUUUCUCAUUGAGGUUCCAGGAAAUAGCUGGGGCUUUAGAUUCUGCACUUGCAGGUGCUAGCCUUGUCCCAAUUCAAACCUCACACUCAGAGAGAAGAAAUUCUCAAGAUUUAACAUUAAAACCAAGUGUUACUCUUUUGGAAUGCUUGAAGUCCUGCUGGAGAGAAGAUGUUGUUGUUCUUUCUUUCUCUGACAAGUUCUUUCGCUUGUCUUUACAGCUUCUUUCUCGGUACUCCAAUUGGUUGUCAUCUGGAUUGGCUGCUCGCAAAGCUGGUAAUGAAGGUUCCAAUCCUGGUUCUGAAUGGGCUAUUUCUGCUGUUCCAGAUGAUUUUGUUUAUAUAAUUCAUGAUUUAAAUUGUCUAGUAGCAGAGAUUUGCAGUGAUUUCUUGCGACAUGUAAUUGGGCUUCUAAGUUCAUGCUCCACUGAAGUACUUGAGCUUGUAGAGCAAAGCAUUUUACAGGGUGCAAAAUCUCUAAAGGAUCUUAUACCUAUUGUGAUGAAUUCAAUAAUAGAAGCAGUAGUUAAGAAGUCUGUUGAGGACUUGAAACAGUUGAAGGGAAUAACUGCGACUUACAGGAUGACUAAUAAGCCUCUUCCUGUUAGGCAUUCACCAUACGUGUCAGGUGUACUACAUCCUUUAAAGGCGUUUUUGGACGGAGAGCGAGCUAACACGUAUUUGAUGAGGGAUAUUAGGGAUGAACUCUUACAUGGUGCUGCUUUUGAGAUAACUGGUCAUUAUCAUGAAUUAGUUGCGGAUCUUGUUAGUUUGGCAAAGAAAACGGACUCUUCACUUCAGAGAAUUCGUCAGGGUGCACAAAGGCGAGGUGGAGCAAGCUCUGAUGUCUCUGAAAAUAAUGUGUCCAAUACUGAUAAGAUCUGUAUGCAAUUAUUUCUUGAUAUUCAGGAAUAUGGGCGCAACCUCUCUGCGCUUGGGGUUGAAGUGGCAAAAAUUCCUGCAUACCGUUCCUUGUGGCAGUGUGUUGCCCCAACAGACAGUCAAAAUACAAUUAGUUUCUAGUUUUUGGCUUUCAGCAUACCACCACCAAGGAUGCAUUUGGCUGCUGUUUACCUUGCGCAAUGGGGGAAAGAAGGCAUUUUGGCAGCGGCCAGCAAGUGGGCAUAGUAACAUAGAAAUACCAUUUUUUAUUUUUUUCGCUCAAUUUUUAUUCUAUUGUAGGUGUUUUUUGUUGUGUAACAGUUUUUUUAUUUUUUAUUUUAUUUUUAUUUUCAGUAGUUGCAUAUUGACAUACGUGCUUUUCCUGUAGCUCAUCUUACAGGGUGAAAUACAGAGUUCUGUAUAUUUUAGAUAAUUCUUAGUUGGUUGCGAAUAAUAAUAAAAAUGAGAAUAGUUAAG